GCUGGGCAAUCGACACCAGCUCAGCAUCCUCAGCUUACCGCCUGCUGCUCCCAGGGAAUAAAAAACUCUCAGCAGUUCUUCCUGACAGACGUCUCGCUGCAGAAACAGUCAGUGCAGAAAUGACUCCGCUGUCUCACCUGCUGCCUCUAACAGGCCUUUCCUUCCUGAUAUCCAUCACUUUUGGAGUAGAAGCUAAUGUGCCGUACCCGGUGACCUGUGUGACCCGUGGAGCCGACCUGGCCGAGGACGGUCUGGUGGUUUUGUGUCCUCCGGACUGCACGCAGGGGAAAGUGUCUGUGUUUGGAACAGGAAUCUACGCCGCCGUCUCGUCCGUCUGUGGAGCCGCUGUACACAGGGGGGUCCUGGGUCCGUCCGGUGGCCCAGUCAGAGUUCACAAGCUGCACGGUCGGUACAACUACCUGAGCUCCUACGCCAACGGCAUCCAAUCACAGGCCCUGUCCCGCUGGACCGCCUCCUUCAGCCUCACCAAACCAGUUAGUUCUCCACUAGAGCUGACCAGUGAGACCAGUACCACAGCUCUACCUGCAGCUGAACAACCAGUAAAGAAACCACUGAAGAAGCCAUCAGUGAAGAAAGCUUUGACAGGCGGAAACAAAGAAUGUCAGAUGGACAUCGCUGUCCUGAUCGACAGCAGCAACAACAUCGGACAACGGCGGUUCAACCUGCAGAAAAACUUUGUCACCAAACUGGUGGCCAUGUUGAGAGUUGGACCGAUGGGACCACAUGUAGGCCUGAUCCAGGCCAGUGACUCUCCCAGGACAGAGUUCUUAUUGACCAACUACACUCAGCCUAAAGAGUUGCUGUUUGCCAUAAAAGAAGUGGCCUACCUGGGAGGAGACACCAACACAGGUAAGGCCAUCAUGCACACAGCAGAGUCCUUCUUCACCCAGGAGAACGGGGGGAGGCGGGGUCACCCUCGGGUCAUGAUGGUGCUGAUCGACGGCUGGCCUUCUGAUGACCUGGAGCAGGCGGCCAUGUUGGCGAGAGAGUCCGGCAUCAACGUCUUCCUGGUGUCCGUGGCCAAACCGGCGCCUGAGGAGCUCAGCAUGGUGCGGGACAAGGAAUUCAUGAAGAAGGCGGUGUGUAAAGAUAACGGGUUCUUCAGUUAUCUGAUCCCCAGCUGGUUCAGCACCACCAAACAUGUCAAACCUCUCACUCAGAGACUCUGCUCACUGGACGGCCUGCUCUGCAGUAAAACCUGCUACAACUCAGUGAACAUCGGCUUCCUCAUCGACGGCUCAUCCAGCGUUGGAGACGGAAACUUCCGGAUGGUCCUGGACUUACUGGCAGGAAUCUCCCGAAGCUUCGACAUCUCUGACGUGGGCGCUCAUAUCGGUGCGGUGCAGUUCACCUACGAUCAGAGGCUCGAGUUCGGCCUGUUUGACCACCACAACAAAGAGGACGCCAUCAACGCUCUGAAGAGGAUCCCCUACAUGAGUGGAGGAACCGCCACCGGGGCCGCCAUCAACUACGCCACACAGAACCUGUUCAGGCGGACAGGACCAGGUCGCAACUUCCUCAUCGUGGUGACAGACGGCCAAUCGUAUGAUGACGUCAGAGGCCCGGCGAUGGCUGCACUCAAACAAGGAAUCACCAUUUUCUCGGUGGGCGUGGCCUGGGCACCCUUGGAUGACCUUAAAGCGAUGUCAUCAGAGCCGAAAGACAGCCACACCUUCUUCACCAGAGAGUUCACCGGCCUCGAAAAGUUCAUCCCACAACUGGUCAGAGGGAUCUGCCGAGACUUCACAGAGAAUAACUGAGAAAGCACACACACAAACACACUCAGUGCUUUUGUGCUUCUUCUUCUCACUUUGUUUAUGUCCAGGUCCUCCCAAAAAUAAAAAGACACAUCUGAACAUCAGAUGUCCGUCAGUGAAUUAACUUGAAAGCCCCUGAACAUAAAACCAAGUCUUAACCGAUUGGCCCUUUGUCAAGCCCCGCCCUCGCCAGGAAGUAACCCUCUGUCAAUUCCCGCCCUCCAUAGUUACUGUUACUAGGUAAUACAAAAUCUCUUGUCUCCGGGCUCUGUCCCAUUUAAGGCAAUUGAAAAUACCUCGACAUUUGACAGACUUUUAUUUUUAAUUAAUUGAUCACAUUAUUUUCUAAACUUGUUCUCAGUGAACAAGUUUUAGAAGGACUGAGCAGGGUGUAUGAGGAGAACUCUAAAUCUCUAAAAACUUGUUAAAAUCAUUUAAAAUAUGAUCGAUGUCUCACGCUAUAACUGAAAAAGAAAAAGUCCCCACUUUGCAGAUAAAGUAGGAGGUCCUCACAAAGACAGAAGAACAAGAACACACACACACUCUGUAUAUAAACUGAACACAUAAACCAACUAUACUAACACAUACACAUAAAAGAACACAUGUAUAUAAAAGACACAAAACAUAGAAAUCACACAUUUAUACCAAAAACAUUUUUCUACUUAAUGAAGGAGGCGUUUGGAUUUUAACCAAUCAUCAUUGACGGUAGAAAUCUAAAUCUUUCUUCUUCUUCUUUUUUAUGUCAUCUCCUGUCGUGAGUGUUUCUUUUCUCAUCACAGUCUUUAAAAUGAAUCUGAUCAAUAUUUAAAACAUAUAUUUCAACAGCAGCCUAUAGUGAACACCUUGUAGAAACUUUGCUUUCAUCUUUUUUAGCUCGCUGAAUUGAUUUAAUUUAUUUUUUCCUCGUUAACUUCAGAGGAAGUAGGUCAUGGCGUAGAUUCUCACUUUGUGCCGUCGAUAGCUAAUAAAUAAUUUUAUAUAAAAAACAGAAGAGAAGUGUAAAAUGAAACCUGGCUAGCCUGACUAAUAAACUGCACAUUAAAGUGGAAAUAAACGAUUAAGAAUCUUUUAAUUAUUACAUUUUAUUUCCUGAAAUCCUGAGAGAAAUAUAAAAGGAAAUAUAAACUGUUUCAUAGUUAAGAUGUGGGACUUUUAAUUUAAAAGUAAAGAUUGUAUGGGUAUCUAAAUAUUUUCUUUCCCCAGUACCAGAGAGACUUCAGCAAGCUUUGUUUUAUUUCAGGUGAAUUUUAAACAUUUUAGCAUCUAAAAAAACAUCUGGAUGUCUGCCGGUUAACAAUUUAAGACCAACACGCUUUAAAGGUCCAGUCAGUAAGAUGUGUAGUGAGUGAAAUGAUAAAGUGAUCUUACUAUAUGAUCAGACAUUAAGGAAACAUGUUGAAGUGCUGGCUUCUCUGACAACAAUGCAGCAGCCAGUAUGUCCUCCUUCUAACUUUAGAUUCUGCUCCUGAAUGCUCUGGAUUUGUUUGGACCAGAGAAGGUAAGCGGUUUUAAGGAACCCCACACGGCCGUUUUGGACGCCCCUCAGUUUGUCAGAUAUGAGAGCAGUUAUCAGGUCAAACCAACAGGUGUUGCAGCGAUGGAAGCGGGCAAGAGAAGUGGUUCAGAUAGAAGUGAUUGUACCCGACCUAAAAAGCCUCUGCAUGUUUCUAAUAAGCUCCACGAGCAGAAACGUGCUCAAACUAGGAUCAAUAUUGGAGAUGCUUUUGAAAAAUGGAGAGAGGUUAGAACACAGAAAGGUUUGCAGACCGAUGCAGAGCUGGAUAAACACUGAAGCUUCAGUGUCCACCACAUAGCAACCUGAGUGAGCAUCAACUCUAGAGAGGAGGGGGCGGGGGGGGGGGGGAGACAGCUCUCUACAAUGGUCUUUUAGAGUCAAGCUUCAGUUGGUGGAUUCAUAAAUCAAUUACAUAUUCUUUAAUUUAAAACAUCCUAAAACAAAAGAUCAAAACCAUAUGAUCAGAAGUAUAUUCAAUUAAAUCUUUUAAUCUCCUCGUUGGUGUUUUACUUAUUUUGAUGAACAUUUUGAAAAACCUGUAGAUUUCUGUGUUUCUCUUUAACUUUUACUUUAUUUUAUAAAGACCGCCACAGCCCAGGGUUAAGCACACAAAUGUAUAAAAUAUGAACUGUUUCCACCUGAACUAUUGUCUGUUCAAUGUGCAAAAGAGGAAAAAACAAACAUACAUUGAUAUAAAACGUGCCAAAUUGGUGGUCAAAAGUAAACAUCACAGCUUAUAUCAAUUUAUUUGUGUUAUUUCUUACAUUUGUCACGAGUCCUUUGUAGUUCUGCAUGUGGCACACAUUAAAAGAGGAAUAUAAGAGUUCAUAAAUAGAUCGAUUUACGGCCCAACACGCCUUCUAUAACGUUUGGAAAUAUCAGAUUGUAGUCGGCAUUUUCUUUUCUGUUUGAAUCAAAUAACCUGAAAACAAAGUCUGUGCUGAGGGAAAACAGAGUAAAAACAGAGCAGCAGAGAUUUAUCGUAAACUGGUUUUUAUUUUUUAAAGACUUCACUGUGUAAUCUGUUGAGUCGUUGAAUUCAUCUGUGGUGUCAUUUCCUGUUUGCGGGUGUCAGGUGUCCGAUAUAACAGCAGAUAUAAAUAUUAUAAAAUCGUUGUUGUUUUUUUAGUCUGGGUCAAUGAAACUUUUAUGCUUUAUGGAUGUUAAAUGAUGAUCUGUCCUUUUUCUGUAUUUAUUACCUGUUUUUCCGUGUCUCAAUAAAGAUAAGUGAUUUUUA